AGAGGCGAAAGCGGAUCAUUUACGUCCGAGCAGCCGCAGGAGCAGAGGUGCAACUGUCGACGCUCUGAACUUCACUCCGAGCGCGAGCCACCUGCAGAACACAGCCACAGCACACGUGCCCUUCGUGCAUCGCUGAAACGCCGGACUUUUCUCUUUUCCUCCUCAACAUUCAGGCGUUUACUUUCAUUUUGCCAAAAGGAAGCGACGUGUUAGACUUGAUUGCUGCUCAGAUUUCUCCUGGCUGUCUCUUUCAGCAUGGCUGCGACCACCUGUACCAGGUUCACCGACGAAUAUCAGCUCUAUGAAGAACUCGGCAAAGGAGCCUUUUCAGUGGUUAGACGGUGUAUGAAGAUCUCCACUGGACAGGAGUACGCUGCCAAAAUUAUCAACACCAAGAAGCUGUCUGCCAGGGAUCACCAGAAGUUGGAACGUGAGGCUCGCAUAUGUCGUCUGCUGAAACACCCCAACAUUGUGAGACUCCAUGACAGCAUAUCUGAAGAGGGAUUCCACUACCUUGUGUUUGAUUUAGUCACAGGAGGGGAGCUGUUUGAAGAUAUUGUGGCCAGGGAGUACUAUAGUGAAGCUGAUGCCAGUCAUUGCAUUCAGCAGAUCCUUGAGGCUGUUCUCCACUGCCACCAGAUGGGAGUGGUCCAUCGCGACCUGAAGCCAGAGAACCUGCUUUUAGCCAGCAAACUCAAGGGGGCUGCAGUGAAACUGGCUGAUUUUGGCUUGGCCAUUGAGGUGCAAGGAGACCAGCAAGCAUGGUUUGGAUUUGCUGGCACUCCUGGUUACUUGUCUCCUGAGGUGUUAAGGAAGGAACCCUAUGGGAAGCCUGUUGAUAUGUGGGCUUGUGGUGUGAUUCUAUACAUCUUGCUGGUGGGUUAUCCUCCAUUCUGGGAUGAGGAUCAACACAGACUUUAUCAGCAGAUCAAGGCUGGUGCCUAUGAUUUUCCUUCUCCUGAGUGGGACACGGUGACCCCAGAGGCCAAAGAUCUGAUUAAUAAGAUGCUGACUAUCAACCCUGCCAAACGCAUUACUGCUGCAGAGGCCCUCAAACACCCAUGGAUCUGCCAACGCUCUACAGUGGCCUCCAUGAUGCACAGACAGGAGACCGUGGAAUGCCUGAAGAAGUUCAACGCUAGGAGAAAGCUAAAGGGUGCGAUCCUGACCACCAUGCUUGCCACAAAGACCUUCUCAAAAGGGAAUCCAUACAAGAAGCCUGAUAGUGUUAAGAUCAACAACAAAGGCAACGUAGUCACCAGCCCUAAAGAGGCAGUCUCCUCUCCUGCUCUGGAGCCUCAAUCUACUGUUAUCCACAACCCCACUGAUGGAAACAAGGUAGAAUCCUCUGAGAGUGCCAACACCACCAUAGAAGAUGAGGAUGUGAAAGCGAGGAAGCAGGAGAUUAUUAAAGUGACCGAGCAGUUGAUUGAAGCCAUCAACAACGGAGAUUUUGAAGCUUAUACCAAGAUCUGUGACCCCGGACUGACCUCAUUUGAACCUGAGGCUUUGGGAAACCUGGUGGAGGGAACAGACUUCCACAGGUUCUACUUUGAGAACUCUCUCUCCAAAAGCCACAGACGUACCGUCCACACCAUCUUGCUGAAUCCUCAUGUGCACCUGCUGGGAGAAGACGCUGCCUGCAUAGCCUAUAUCAGACUCACGCAGUACAUCGAUGCCAACAACAUGCCUCGGACCAUGCAGUCGGAAGAGACUCGGGUGUGGCAUCGCCGUGACAGCAAGUGGCAGAAUAUUCACUUCCACCGCUCGGGCUCACCGACCGUGCCCACCAAGUGAGCUUAACGAGACGUCCUGAGCAGCGCAGCUCAAUCUAAGGAACUUCAUGUUCGAUGGCCACUGAGUGUCUGCUUCAUUCAAACUCCACCUUUACCACUUCUCUACCCUGUCAGUCUUGUUUACAUAUCGUUACUGCUGGACUUUAGCCUACACACAGGUGGGGAGUUAAUAUCAUUUUGUAUUAGGACGUACGUGUGUGUGUGUGUGCGCGCGCGACUCACACUCUUUCCUCAUAAAUCACUGUGUAAGCGUUUUUUUCUUUUUUUAUUAUCAUUAUUUAUAGUGUGAAAGUAGGGAGUCACGCUUGCUGAUAUAUCUUUGGGUACAACAGGAAAUGAAAUAUUUGGUGUUCACAAUCAGAAACAAAGUCAAACAGCACAAGGACGAAUCUGGGUGCACAUGUGACACGAUUCAGUUAGAGUAAUUAGUGAUCUGGGCACGAUGUCCGUCACUGGUCUUGAAGAUAGGAUUAGCAGGAAAUCAGUGCCAGUCUUGUUUCAGUGCUUUUCUAUUUCAAGUGCAAUACAGAGGAAAAAAAACAACACAAAAACGCAUUAGACAAAAGAGCUCGCUUUUGUAUUUUCGGUGAUGUGUUUGUGAAGUCGUGUAAAGUGCUAUACCUUUUAGAGAAUUGACAGUUUGACCUUAGUUAUGCGAGCUUCGUUCUGGUUUAGGCUGCAGCGGGCCGUAGCUAAUGUGUGAAAUCGACAAAAGGAAGCACAUUAGGCUGCAUUUUGCUCUUUUAUGCUUUUCACCUUAUCACAUGAGCACACUAGAUAAAAAUGUCGUUCAAGAAUGUACCUUAACAACUGACACGAACCACCGCUAACCGCUAAAUCCAAUUAUUUUAUUUCAUUCACUUGUUGUGAGUUUUUUUUGUUUUCAUUUCUAUAUUGUUUACUAACACUUAAUGGGGGUAUUCUGAAAAAGAAAAAAAUGUGUUUUCUGAAAUAUGUUUUCAUUCCUUUAAUUGAUUAGCAUUAGCCUUUAUCAUGUAAUGCAUGAAACAUCUUUUUAUCAACUUAUUUUACUUGUAUGUACUAGUUUUUUCUCCCCUCAGUAUCGUGUAUAUGCUCUUGUGAUGGUUUCCUGUUCAAGGGUGAAGUAGAAUAAACGGUUUACGCUUUAUAUUCCUGUCCAUUUUAAACUAAACAUGAGACGAGUAGUCGGUGUGAUAAAGUGGUUUAUAUUACUGAUAUUAAUGUAAAGGGGGAUAAUGGACAAUAGGAACAUUUUGUAAGUGGAAAUAUUUCAGGGAAAAUAUAUUGUUUUGUUUUUUUAACCCUAGAGUUGAUAUAAAUUGGUAAGUGUUUUAUCGAAAUAAACUUGUGUUUGCUCUUAAGACUUAACGCUUCAGAUCAUCAGCUUGUGAAAUCCGUCUGGAAAAAAAAAAGAAUUUAAGACUGAUUAUUUAUAAAUACCGACUUUAGAUUCAGCUAAGAAAAUCUGAUAAAGAGUCUCAAAUAAAAUCAGUUGUUAUCUUGUUCUGUAUUUUCUGUGGCUAAUUUUGUUUUGUAUUUUUUUUUUUAAAUUCGGAUCCAGUUUUCCUUUGAGCUUUUAUUGCUGUAACUAGAAAAAUAAAUGCUCAAUCGCUCAAACCUGUACACUGUAAACAGACGUACCAGUACUCAAGCAGUUAAAACGGACUCAAUAAAGCAAAUAAAUACCUUUUGAAAACA